AUGAAAAAAGAUGAUGAAGAAGAACAAGAGUUUAGGGUGCUCGAUAUUUUGAAAAAGAAAGAUAGAAUGCAAAGGAGAGUCGUCCGUAGGACUGAUAUACAACCUGAUAGAGCCGACAGAAUGGCCUUAGACCAGAAAUGGGGCAACGUUUGGCCUGGACCAAAGACAUUUCAUCCAUCGUCGGUACCGCUACCACUUCGUCAGGGCUACGUACCUAAAGGCCAAGCACCACCAGGCAAAAAGGCUAACGCGGAACUGAUGAAAAUACCUAACUUCCUGCAUUUAACACCACCUGUCAUCAAGAGCCAGUGUGAAGCUUUAAAACAGUUUUGUACUGAAUGGCCAAGCCUAUUAAACUCCGAAGAAGCUAUAGAAAAACACUAUCCAGUUGAGGUCAUUACAUCCGAUUACUGCCAUGCCAGCCCAUCCAUCCGUAAUCCUUUAGCAAGAAUCGUAACACUCCGCUUCAAACUAUCAAAUUUAAAACUAGAUAAACAUUCAAGAGACAAGUUUAUCCGUUUAGUGGGAGAACGAUAUGACAAGGAAAGUGAUCUUGUAACGAUAACCGCAGACCGGUGUCCAGUCAGAGCUCAGAAUUUGGAUUAUGUGAAUUAUUUAUUGACUGCGUGUUAUCAUGAAGCGUGGAAUGUGGAAGAGUGGGAAAAGGAUAAAACCGAAGAAGACAUGGAGUACUACGAAUGGAAUAACAAUGCUUCGAAAAAGAGUUUAGUUAACUGGUACAUGCGUACAAAGAAUGAAUUCAAAGAUUUAUCUGAAGAUGAGUAUAGGAGUUUUGAUGUGUCCGUUAUUCCUAAUGCUGAAGAAUAUAAGGAAGCAGUGUCUAGUUUGAUGAAUGAUGGAGAAAGUGUUGAUACGGAAAAGAUUUGGGCCUCCAGCCACUUCAAAACGAAACAACGCUGUGGUUUUUCUGCUAUCAUUCCGGUCGAGCCAACUCCAUUCGUACCGAUGCUUGGCUCUCCCACACUACUAAAAACUACUGAACUGAAAUAA